AUGUACAAGGCGGAGCAGAUGCGACAGAUGCCAUUCCUAUCCGAGGAGGAGAAGCUGAAAUAUGAGAAAGGGCUGCGGCAACUGUGGACUAUCCACGACAAUAGCCCCGACGGCUCGCAAGCGAAGAUGGAUGCCCGCAAGAAGAUCACAGAUUUCAGCUUGAUGCUUCGCGGCAAGCUCGUGCAGCGGAAGCAGGGUCAGGGAGCUGCGCAGCAGCAGCAGCAGCAACAACAACAACAGCAGCAAGAUGCAUCGCAGGCUGCCCCAUCACAGGUAGCCGGAGCUGCCCAGCCCACGGUGGCCCCAGCCGCAACCGCCGGUCCUGCAUCCACUUCCCAAGCCGAAGCAUCAACAGGCCAGGCACCGGCGGCUGCAUCAGCAGCUCCCCAGGGACAGCAGCAGCAGAUACCCGAGCAGAUCAUGCGCCAUGUCAACCAGAUGACGUUCCUCCCUACGCCGCAGGUCGCCGAGAAAGGACCCGAUAUUGUUCAGAAGUGGCAGGUGGAAAUGAGAUCCAGAUAUGCAAGGGGUCUUCAACAGAUGCAUACAACUUCGGAGCAGCUGAAGAAGAUUGAGAGUAUUGCAGCCGAACGUACCCAGAAAGGCAAUCCCCUGUCUCCUGAGGAGACAAAGCAAUUCACAGACCGGAAGACAGCCCUUCAGAAGGCACAUGGCGAAGCUCAAAGAUGGGUUGAGAACUUCAGGAAGAAUCAAGAAGCAUUAAAGAAUGCAGGCGCAAAUGCCGGACAAGCCAGGCCGCAGCAGAAUGGAGGAGGAACACCGGCAGUGGUGCUCCACGCUCACUUUCCCAUCAAGCAGCUCUCACUCUUGCAAAUCAACGAGGCUCGCAACCAGCCUCAGCGUCUGUUCAAGGCCAACCACCACAGCCCGGCCAGCCACACGCCACGCCUCAGGGUCCUGGAGCAACAAGCACCUGCCUUGACCCAGAAACUGCCCAUCCCCAAGCAGCUUCCAGAGAAGGCCAUCCAGCCCGUUCAACCGGUAUCACUGGGCGGUGGAAUCAACGCCGGUCGUCCGACUUACAGCGGUGGAAGCGGCAUGGCAGGAGGAGUUAUGGGCCAGCCGGCCGUAGCCAAGAUCGGCGCUCUCCAGCUAGAGGGCGAAGGCGAGCGCGUUCUGAACCGUAAGAAGCUCGACGAACUCGUCAGACAGGUUUGUGGAGGCCAGGCAGAGGGACAGGAGGGCAAUGUCUUGACUCCUGAUGUCGAGGAGUCUGUACUCAACCUCGCCGACUCGUUUGUUGACAGCGUCCUUCACGCAGCAUGCCGAAAUGCCAAGGAGCGCGGGUCUAAGGUACUCGAGAUACGGGACAUUCAGCUUGUGCUGGAACGAACUUACAACAUCCGCAUCCCCGGCUACUCGUCAGACGAGCUGCGCACUGUUCGCAAGAUCCAGCCUGCGCCGGGUUGGAUCACCAAGAUGAGCGCCAUUCAGGCCGCGAAGGUCAUGCCUGGAAAGGGUGAUCUCUAG